GCCCGCAGCAGCAGCAUCAGGAGGAGGAGAAGGAGGGGGGGGGAAGCUUUUAAAGCACGGACACUUCCGGGGCUGUCAGUGGCAGGCUGGAGACGGAUAUGGCGGAGAAUAGUUGCGAGCUGAACGGCUCCGGAGCAUCGGUGUGUCGGCGGUGUGUGACGGGGGAAAGGGGCAGCACCCCGGGCGGGGUGUCCAAGUGGGUCCGGCUAAACGUCGGGGGGACGUGUUUCCUGACCACACGGCAAACUCUCUGCAGGGACCCCAAAUCCUUCCUGUACCGGUUAUGUCAGGCGGACCCCGACCUCGACUCUGAUAAGGAUGAAACAGGUGCCUAUUUAAUAGACAGAGACCCCACGUAUUUUGGUCCAGUAUUGAACUACUUGAGGCAUGGAAAACUGGUCAUAAAUAAAGACUUAGCAGAAGAAGGUGUCCUGGAAGAAGCAGAGUUCUACAAUAUCACAUCAUUAAUUAAACUAGUAAAGGAUAGAAUAAGGGAAAGGGACAGUAAAACCUUACAGGUGCCAGUUAAACAUGUUUACAGAGUACUCCAGUGUCAGGAGGAAGAGCUAACCCAAAUGGUGUCCACAAUGUCAGACGGCUGGAAAUUUGAACAGUUUGUCAGCGUAGGUUCCAUGUAUGGAUGCGGGCGGGAUCAUCAGUCAGAGUUUCUGCUCAUUGUUUCAAGGGAAGUGAAAGUAGAGGAGCCCAGCCAUCAGAAAUGCAGCGGCGAGCUUGUCAGCAUCGGUUCUUCCUAUAACUAUGGAAAUGAAGAUCAAGCAGAGUUCUUGUGUGUGGUCUCAAAAGAGUUGCACAAUACUUCAUAUGGCACUACUAGUGAACCUAGUGAAAAGGCAAAGAUCCUGCAGGAGAGAGGCUCCCGAAUGUGAAGAGUUUUGAAAGAAGAUAGAUCUAUAUAUUUUUUUUUUUUUCCGUUCAUUACUUUUUUUAGUUUAUUUUUUUAUUUUGUCCCAAGUAAGCAAUGAUAUGGCAGAGAAUCUCCACUGUAACAAGUCACCACAACAUGUCUGCUUUCAGAGUAGCGUUUCUUGGGCUGUCCUGAAGUCUGUAUACUGUACUUGUGGUGGAAGAGUCAGUGUUUCAUGGGGGACUUGGUGUCGGAGAGGAACUUUACAGUGGGUCUAUUAUAAUGUAUCUCUUUCCUAGUUUUUAAUGUUAUUUUUUCCAUUAUUCUAGAACCUUUUUGUACAUCGGUGGUAUUACAGCCGGGGUGACCUGCCCUAAGUCUAACACGUUGACUAGAGAUGAGCGAACUUACAGUAAAUUCGAUUCGUCACGAACUUCUC